CUCAGCACUCAGCCACCAGGCAAGCAAAACUUGAAAUAGAAAAAAAAACGCUUUUUGAUACACGCGAUAAAGCACGUCGUCUUGGCCUGGCCAAUGAAUAUGAAAAAAAUGUGAAAAUCUAAUAUUCGAAACUUCCUGGUUCAACGGAAGUGUUUGACAAAAAAAAAAAAAAAAACAAAAACCCCACAAGAAACUCUGGAAUUCCUGUAGAACAUAAAGAAAAUUUAAUAUUCCCUUGGAAAAAAACAAAACGUGGAAUUUUUAAACAACCUUUAAGCAAAAAAAAAAAAUUGACAAAAAAUUGGAACAUUUUUUUAAGUGAGUCAGUGAGUGUUAGACGAGCGGCAGAACAUCUAUUCGUGCGCUUGCCAGGUUUUCGUGCUAUCUGAAAAAAACAACAAAAAAUCGCCUAAUGGCCAUACACUCUGUUCAGAGUGACCCUUGAACACGAGGAAAUUCGGAGGAAAAAAAAAAGUUGACAUGUGCUCAAAUGUCAGUGUCCUUCUAGGCUGAAAGAAAGCCAUCGAAAAAAGAAACGGAAAACCCAAAGUUCUCUAUUUGCACAAAAUUUUUUUGAAUAAUUAAAAUCAAACAACAAUAACCAAAAGAAAAACAAAAUCCUAUCAAAUAUUUAUAGUUCAACAAAAAAAAAAAAAUACAAAUAACCAAAAAAUAAAAGUUAAACUUCGCCGUAGUGAGGCAAGCCACAAGGAUUAAGCCAGCCGACAAAUAAAAUUUUGCUGCUACCGUCACAAAUCGCCAAUGCAUCACGUCGCGUUACGUUGUUUUAAUCUCUGACAUCAAAUGCGGUACUGAUAUUACACGAAAUCGAAUUGCUUAAAACUCCUAAUCGCGCUUGAUCGUUUAAAUUCGUAAACGGUGUUAUUUGCAAACGCCUUGGUCUACAUCGUCGGGGGUGUCUGUGUCAUCGUUAUCGUUAAAACGCAAUCGAAAACAGAGUAUCGAAUUAGUUUUAAAAACGUUUCUUAAAUGUUGUUGUCUGCUGGUAGCCACUCUUGCAAACCGUAGCCGAAUGCGAAUCCAAAUUACAUGCAAAAUAAAUGGGUACAAUGAGGCCAAAUAAAUACGAUGUUACCACAGCUUACGGUCUAUGCCAAGAUUAUUUACCUCCUGAUGGUGGUGAUUUCGGGUGCAUUAUGUACAGUAGAAGAUUAUGUAAUAAUGUCACAGUGUGCACACAACAAAGCCAUAUAUUUAGCUGCAGAAGGAACAGUCUCAGUGACAGAUAUCUCACAAACACAAAAUAUAACAAUAGUAGGCCGCCCGGAUUUUGUGAACAACAAUUUCAAAAUAGCUCUGUAUGCGAAGGAAACACAAAGGUACCUGUGUUUCAACGAUCACUGGAAACUAGUUGGAAUGAAAGAACUGCAAGAUACCUGCUAUUUCAACGAAGCCAUACUCCACGGUUAUUUCGUGUUCCGCUCUGUUGUCGAUCAGCAUCGACGCAUAGGCUUCACGCAACGAGGUAGAGCUGUUGGUCCCAAGAAAACGGUGAACGAUGCUUGCUAUAUGUUUACCAAAAUUCCAACUGAUCAAUUUUUCCAUCAACACAAUCACUACUCAGCGUUGUCCACAAAAACGCCUCAAUCCGAGGAGGAACAUUCGAGCGGUGGCAUUGGCCAUUCGGGACGUGGCAGUGGUGCGGGAAGGCCGAAUCGGCAUCGUAAUCAGCAUCGCAAUGAGGAGGGCGGCCGCAAUCAGCAUGGCAAAAAACCCAAAGUCCAUGGCAGCGGUGGUGGUGGUGGUGGCCGCAAACGCCAGCGUCUGCAACAGAUGCGUGGUGGUGGCCACAGUAGUGGCGGCGGCGGCGGUGUAGAACCCAAAAAUAGCUCUAGGCAAAACUUAGAAUUAAGUCAGUAUAGCAGCGGCCACUAUGGUGGUCACCCCAGCCAUGCAGGCAGACAUCACAGCAACCACUCUCAACCUCAGCAGUAUCAUCAUCAGUUGCGACAUCAUCACAAUGAUUCGCGCAGACAUCAGCAUCAACAUGAGGCCAAGCAAAGGAACAACAGGGUCCAUCAUAGGGCACGCUUAACUAGUCCAACAACAACAACAACAAGCACUACAAUGGCAACAACCACAACACCAAGAACAACAACAACCACAACAAGAACUUCCACACGGCCAUCUAGGCAAUCUUUGCCAGCGAUGAUCAGCAGUACAGUCAGCUCGAGUACCACCACCAACAGCAGAACCACCACAAAUCAUGAUGUUCUGGCCACUUCGGUAACACACAAACGCAAAGGACGGCGAAGAAAAGGUCAUCGCAAGCAUUCUUAUCACAAAAGUGGGGAACAGUCGCCAAGGCAUCAUGGAAGUGGUCAUAGUGCCACCUUGCCCUCUUACGAUGAUGAGGAGUAUAUGACCACAGACUAUAGCACUUGGAUAAAUGGAGAACUAUCACCAGCCUUGCCAGCUGUCAGCUCAUUGGAACCCACUUCGGCUAGUCUGCCCUCAUGGGAGAGUUGGUAUCCCACGGCUACGACAGUGACAAGCCAAGUGGACGAAAAUCUGCUCUCAUCUCCCUCGAGCUAUGUAAACCAGGAGAAUUCCACUCGUAUGAACCAUCAUACUACCAAGGAAGUUGCAGAAACCUACUAUCCAGAAUAUUCUUCGUCACCAGUAUCCCCAUCGCCAUCGCCAUCAUCAUCCUCUUCAUCCUACUCAUUGCCUUCACAUUAUGAUAUAAGCAAAGAACACAUGGUGCCAUUAAUGCCACUGCCAUUGCCCACAACGGCCUUGUCGCAGGCGACUUCCUUGGAAAUGCAAGCCAGCGACCAGGACAAUGUUGCCAUAUUGCCUGCUUUCUCAACAGCAAAAACCACGACGACGACGACGACAACAAUGAGCACAACGCACGACCCAAAGCAGACGAAAACAACAAAUACCUCACUUCUCAGCAGCAGCGGACAUCAUCUACUCAAGGAUGCUGUAGUUGAAGAUCCACUCAUAACCAAAUUGGCUUUGGAUUUGGCGGCCGAAGAGAUCAAUGUGACCUCCUAUGAUAAUGAAGAAGUGGAAAAUGCCACCCUCCCCAUCACCUCGCUCAGCGAUGAGCCUGAUAUUGAUGAUAGUGAAGACGACGAGGGAAGUAGCAGUGGCAGCAACAGCCAGAGCUGGGAAACGUCCGGUGAAGUAAGCGAUGCAACUAUGUCUGCCUUAAGUGUGGCAACACCCACAAAAAGCACUGAGCCUCAAGCAACGAAUAAUUUGAUGACUGAUUACAUUUAUGCCACCACCAGAACUGCACCCAUUACCGGUCACCAUAAAGUAAGUAGGCAUCGCCAGGGCGUACAUGGCCCAGGUCACAAUGGGCCCAGGCACUCACACAAUGCCAUGCAGCAUCACCAUAGUGGUAAAAAGGAAGCGGGCAGCACGCUACAUCACAAAUUGAAGUCCUUAAGCACGGCCAGAGAACUUAAAACUACAGCCACUACGGCCACAUCAACAACAACAAGCACACAUAAACCAAGCGACUCUCUACAGGAACCCAGUCCCACAGACCCCGCUGACUAUCAACGUGAUGAGCUGCUAUUGGCUGCACUCAAAAAUGUCCACAUCAAACAUAGCCACAAUACCGUUAGCGAUGUUGAGGUUGAAUCUGUAGCCACCAUAACCUCAACGCUGGCGGCCACAGCGGCCAGCAGCCCCUCCACAUCGUUGGCUCCCUCACUGAGUAGCACAACUACGCGAAAAGCGUUACGUAAAUCAACCCAAAGACUGUUGGCAACUCCAUUUCAUCAACUCACCUAUGUGCGCAAUGAGGCCGGUGACAUCGAUAUCGAUAAUCUCGAUAACAUUAGCAUGUAUCCCGAUCUAAUGGAUAACGAGAAUGCCCACGAAGAAGUGCACAGAACACGACCCACAAGUCGUUUUACCAUGAUCAGUGGCUAUUUUCCAGCCUCGUCGUCAACAUCGGCAUUGCCCGAGUCCAUACGCAUAGCAAAAAUUAAAAUUAAUCGAGAACGCAAACGUAUGUUACGUUUGCGCAAUAUAGGGGGCUACAAUGCGUAACGUAAUAUCUAAAUAGGAUGAUAACGUCAAUUUUGAAGUCUUUUUGAUAAUCCAACAACAGCAAAAAAAAACACCAAAAUUUCGAAUAUCUAUAAAUGUUAGUGUAGAGGUAAGGUAACGUAUCGAAACGUAACGCCACAUAAGAAAACAACGCCAUUUAUUAUCCCAACACCAAAAUAUCGAAUAUUGUAUGUAUGUAAAUAAGAAGACGACUGUUACAAAAACGAAGAGGGUAACUAUAGGUAUGGAAGAAAAAGGGAAAAGAAAGUUUGUGGUUUU